ACCAGUGCGCAUGCGCCGCGCCCUGACCUGGAAGCGGCUGGAUCCGUGACACACGUGUUUCUGUGAGUGUGGCGGAGAUGGGGAGCCGCGAACCCGCCGAGCCCCUGUCGCCCGGAGACGCGACGCAGAACAGCGCCCGGCCUGCCGACCGCCACGGCCUGUUGAAACACAGCCGCGAGUUCUUGGACUUCUUCUGGGACAUUGCGAAGCCUGAGCAGGAGACGCGACUUGCGGCCACGGAGAAGCUGCUGGAGUAUCUGCGCGCUAGGCCGAAGGGGUCCGAGAUGAAAUAUGCCCUGAAACGGCUAAUCACGGGACUCGGGGUCGGGCGAGAAACAGCCCGGCCCUGCUACAGUUUGGCCCUCGCACAGCUGUUACAGUCUUUUGAAGACCUCCCUUUGUGCAGCAUCCUGCAGCAGAUACAAGAAAAAUAUGACCUGCAUCAGGUGAAGAAGUCAAUGGUGAGACCUGCUCUCUUUGGAAACCUGUUCGGAGUGCUCGCCCUCUUUCAGUCAGGCCGGCUGGUGAAGGACCAGGACCAGGAGGCGCUGAGGAAGUCGGUGAAGCUGCUGCAGGCCCUGGCCCACCACCAGAACCACUUGCAGGAGCAGCCCCGGAAGGCCCUGGUGGACAUUCUCUCCGAGGUCUCGGAGGCCACGUUGCAGGAGAUGCUGCCAGAGGUCCUCAGCACCGACUUGGAUGCGAUGCUCAGCUGCCCUGAACAGCUGGGGCUCUUCCUCCUGGCCCAGCAGAAGGUGCCGUCUAGGCUCAAGAAGCUGGUGGGAUCCGUCAACCUAUUUUCGGAUGAAAAUGUUCCCAGGCUGGUGAACGUGCUGAAGAUGGCAGCGUCCUCCGUGAAGAAGGAGCGCAAGCUGCCCACUGUCGCUCUGGAGCUGCUCCGCCUGGCACUCAAGGAAGACAAGUUUCUGCAGUUCUGGAAGGGGGUGGUGGAACAGGGGCUGCUGAAGCUGCAGUUCUGGCCAGCCAGCUACCUGUGUUUCCGCCUGCUGGGCGCCGCCCUGCCCCUGCUGACCAAGGAGCAGCUGCAGCUGGUGAUGCGGGGAGACGUGAUCCGCCAUUACGGAGAACACACGUGCACGGCCAAGCUCCCAAACCAGUUCAAGUUCGCCCCGGAGAUGGAGGAGUACGUGGGCACCUUCCUGGAGGGAUGCCGGGAUGACCCUGAGCGGCAGCUGGCCGUGCUGGUGGCCUUCUCCACCACCACCAACCACGGCCUCCCGGUGGUGCCUACCUUCUGGCGGGUCGUGCGGUUCCUGAGCCCUCGGGCCCUGCAGGGCUACGUGGCCUGGCUGCAGGACAUGUUUCUCCAGCCGGACCUGGACUCCUUGAUUGACUUCAGCACCAACAACCAGAAGAAAGCUCAGGAUGCAUCGCUGCACGUGCCUGAACGAGCUGUGUUCCGGCUGAGGAAAUGGAUCAUCCUCCGACUGGUGAGCCUUGUGGACAGCCUGCACCUGGAGAUGGAGGAGGCCUUGACGGAGCAGGUGGCCAGGUUUUGUUUGUUCCACUCGUUCUUCGUCACAAAGAAGCCCACAUCCCAGAUCCCCGAGACAAGGCAGCAGCUCUCCCUCCCUUUGGAAAGCCAGGCCCGAGAGGCCGUCAGCAGCGCCUUCUUCAGUCUGCUGCAGACCCUCAGCACACAGUUCAAGCCAGCAUCGGAGCAGACCCGGGGCGGGCAGCCCUGGACCUACCGCCUGGUGCACUUCGCAGACCUGCUGCUGAAUCACAGCCACAGCGUGACCCCCGUGACACCCCUCACUGCGCAGCAGCGCCAGGCCUGGGACCGGAUGCUACAGACUCUGAAGGAGCUGGAGGCCCCCUCCUCAGAGCCCAGGGCUGCCGCCUUCCAGCACCUUCUGCUGCUCGUGGGCAUCCACCUCUUCAAGUCCCCUACAGAGAGCUGUGACCUGCUGGGUGACAUCCAGACCUGCAUCAGAAAAAGCCUGGGAGAGAGGCGCCACAGGAGCCGCACCAAGGCCAUUGACCCCCAGGAGCCCCCAUGGGUAGAGGUGCUGGUGGAGAUCCUGCUGGCCCUGCUGGCCCAGCCCAGCCACCUCAUGCGUCAAGUGGCCCGGAGCGUGUUUGGCCACGUCUGCUCCCACCUGACCCCACGUGCCCUACAGCUGAUUCUGGAUGUGCUGAACCCCGAGACCAGUGAGGAUGAGGAUGACCAUGUGGUGGUGACGGACGAGUCUGACGAGCGGUGGCUGAAGGCUUCAGAGGACAAGAGCGAGGACAGCGAGGAGAACAGAGGCUCGGAGAGUGAAGACGAGAGCGAUGGAGGGGAGAGCGAGGAGGAGGAGCGCGACGGGGACGUGGACCAGGGCUUCCGGGAGCAGCUGAUGAGUGUGCUGCAGGCUGGGAAGGCGCUGGGUGGAGAAGAGAGCGAGGACGAGGAGGAGCUGGGGGACGAGGCUAUGAUGGCCCUGGACCAGAGCCUCGCCAGCCUCUUUGCCGAGCAGAAGCUGCGGAUCCAGGCCCGGCGAGACGAGAAGAGCAAGCUGCAGAAGGAGAAGGCGCUGCGGCGCGACUUCCAGAUUCGGGUGCUGGACCUGGUGGAGGUGCUGGUGACCAAGCAGCCCGAGAACGUCCUGGUCCUGGAGCUGCUGGAGCCGCUGCUGCGCAUCAUCCGGCGCAGCCUGCGCAGCAGCAGCUCCAAGCAGGAGCAGGACCUCCUGCACAAGACGGCGCGCAUCUUCACGCACCACCUGUGCCGUGGCCGUCGCUACUGCCACGACUUGGGUGACCGCGUUGAGGCCCUGCAUGGCCAGGUGGCGCGGCUGGUGGAGCAGGCUGGCCGCCAGCCCGACUCCUCCACCGCCCUCUACCACUUCAACGCCUCCCUCUACCUGCUCCGGGUCCUGAAGGGCGGCACUGCCGAGGGGCACUUGCAUGAGACACAGGAGGAGCUGGAGGCUGGCACCAACCCCAGCCCCGUGCCCGAGGGCCCGCAGGCUGCCGGCUGCCUGGACUUGAACCUCGCGAUGCGUGUCUACUCGUCAGCACUGAGCUCCUUCCUGACCAAGCGCCACAGCCCCCUCACGGUCCCCAUGUUCCUCAGCCUCUUCUCCCGGCACCCCGUGCUCUGUAAGAGCCUGCUCCCCGUCCUGGUCCAGCACAUCACAGGCCCAGGGCGGCCCCGCCAGCAGUCUCUUGCACCCGAUGUGCUGAGGCUCCAGGCACCCACCUUCACCCAACCACAGGCCCAGGCCUGCCUGCUGCUACAGAAGACCCUGUCCAUGCGGGAGGUGAGGUCGUGCUUCCAGGACCCCGAGUGGAAGCAGCUGAUCGGCCAGGUCCUGACAAAGGUCACGGAGAACCUGCGCACACUGGGGGAGGCGCAGACCAAGGCGGAGCACCAGCAGGCGCUGUCCUCCCUGGAGCUGCUCAAUACUGUCUUCAGGACCUGCAAACACGAGAAGCUGACCUUGGACCUGACGGUGCUCCUAGGCGUGCUGCAGGGGCAGCAGCAGGGCCUGCGGCAGGGGGCGCACUGCACCGGCUCCAGCCGCCUGCUCGACCUCUACUGGCAGGCCAUGAAAACCCUGGGAGUCCAGCGCCCCAAGUUGGAGAAGGAUGCCAAGGAGAUUCCCAGCGCCACCCAGAGCCCCAUCAGCAGGAAGCGGAAGAAAAAGGGAUUCUUGCCAGAGACAAAGAAGCGCAAGAAACACACGUCUCAGGACGGCACGCCCGCAGCCACCGGGGGGAGCCAGCCCCCCAGUACGGGCAGGAAGAGGAACAGGACAAAGGCCAAGGGCCCGGCCCGGGCCAACGGGAUGCCUUCCACCAAGGGCCCAGCCCCUGGCACCCCCACCCUGAGCCCCAGCCCCCCUGCCAAGUCCCCAAAACUGCAGAAGAAAAACCAGAAGCUGUCCCAGGUGAAUGGAGCUCCCGGCUCCCCGACGAAACCUGCAGGCCAAAAGAAGCACCACGAGGCUCCUCCCAAAAAGGGGGUCUUGGACAAAUCGCCACCAUCCACACUGGCACGGAAAAAGGCAAGGCCGCCUUUGGUUAGCAGGAGCCCCAGCCUGCUCCAGAGUGGAACCAAGAAGAAGAAAACGCAGCUGAGGAAGGCGGGGAAGCCCUGAGUGCAGGCCACCCUCAGCCUCCAUCUGCCCAAGACUCCUGUUUUUCCACCAUGAUUUUGAAUAUGCAAGCCACUUCUAAGGCUCUGUCCCCAGGGAGGGUGUCACUGCCUGCCCAGGCAUCCUGCUUUGGUAAGCACAGCCCAAGCCGUUCCUGCAGGGGUCCCAGGAUGCAGAGACUCCCCCCCCACCCUGGGGGGUUCUAGACUGGAAGUGUGGCUUCAGGGCCCUGUGGGCCAGGUCCAGGGCUCUGGGGUUCGCCUGGGUGGGUACAGGGCGACAUGCUGGCUGCAGGCUGGGUACAGGUGUGACCGUCACUCGCAUCCCCCCCCCCAGGCUUUUUUGCUAAGGGAGCCACAGGGGGUGAUUUAAAUAGGUUUAUUUUUUCAUUUACAAGAGGAAUAUAUUUGGCUUCUCUCUUAAGACUCUGAGAUUCACAAUCAAUCAGCAGCUCUAAAAAAUAAAGGAGCAGUUUGGCUUCCGGAAGGAAGAGGAGGCAA